GACGUGUCGGACGAUGAAAAAAGGUUGUUGACUAGAAGACAGCAGAAAAGGAAGAUGCAGAAGCCUGAAGACAUAGACACAGGAGACGAUUUAGAUGAGCUCACCGAGUCCUCGGACACAUCCACAGAUGACAUGGACUCGGCCAACUCAGGCUACCGUCAUGCAUCCCUCCUCAUGCAGAGGCUGAGUUCAUCCACUUUUGACUCAAUCAGUACCACACAGCUGCAGAACAUUCUCCAUAGGUAUGAUCUCAACAUUGAAAAACUGAAUAGCCGCCAUGGGUAUCUGGAAGAGAAGAUGUGCCACCUGCAAAUGGAAAGGGAGACACUAAAAGUCUCCCUGGAGGAACUUAAACAUGAGAAAUCUCUGCUAAAGCGCAAGCAGUUAGAACUAAAGACCCAAAUCACAAACCCGAAAUUUCAACUGAAGCAAGAGCAGGAAAACCAUCAUGCCAACAUGAUGUACAACGCUACCAGGGAUAAGUUGCGGAGGUUAGAGGAGCAGCAACAGAUGGAGGUUCAGGUGAAGCAGAAAGUGGAGCUGGAUAUGAGAACGCUGAUCAGCAACACCAAACAGCUGGAAGAGGAGCACGCCGAGACUCAGAGGCUGCUGGCUCAGGAACGCAGCACACGGGCCCUGCAGGAAAAUCUGCUGAACAGUCAUCUCCCUAAGCAGCAAGAGGUGGAGAACAAGAGAAUCAUCAGCAGCAGCAGCAGUGAGGCUUUGUCUCAGCUCACAGAAGCCAGUGACAGAGAACGAGAGCUUCUCCAGCAGACGGCUUCGCUGCAGGAGCAGCUGUCCAUGCUGAGGAACGAUCUAGAACGAUCGCAGGCCAAUGGCGAGCUUAAAGAGAGCCAUCUGCUGGAGGAGAACGAGAUGCUGAAAGAGCAGCUGGAAAACGAACGGCAGGCCCGUGAGACGCUGGAGGCAGAGGUGGAGUCGACUCGCAGCCGCCUGGCCAGAGCUGUGCAGGAGGCAGAGCUCAGUCUGGCAGCUCAUUCAGACUCUGAGAAAACUUUGAUCCGGGAGAGAGAAGAACACCAGAGAAUCAGAGACCGACUCAAUGGUGAAUUAGCCUCCCAGCGUGAGGCAGUAAACAGCCUGUCACAGAAGCUGGACAAAGCUGAAGCUCGUGCAAACAGCAUGAAAAACGAGGUGUAUCAGGUCACUCUGCAGCUAACAGAGAAAGGUCUGCUGCUGGACGUCCUGCAGAGAGAGAAGGAGCAGGCGGCGACUCGCACCAAGGAACUAGAAAACGCUCUGCAUGCAGAGAGGGAGCAGGUCAGCCAUGCAGCAGCGCGCCAUGAAGCAACGCAAAAACGGCUAGCCCAAGCCCAGAGCGAGGCCAUGCUGCUACGGCAACAACUAGAGGAGGCCAUAAACAAGGGAUCUGCAAAGGAGCGUGCCGUCACAGACGCCCAGGAGCGCUUCACAGACAUCCUGUCCAAGCUGCGCUCUGAUGGCGAGGGGAGGGUUCAGAUGGUGGAGGACAGAAACAAGGAGUUGGCUGCCAAGGCUGCAGAUCUUCGUGAUCAGAUUUAUAAGUUAGAGGAAGAGAAAAAUGAACGAGAGACCAGCAUGAGGCAGCUACAACAGGAGCUAGCCGACUCUCUGAAGAAGCUGUCAAUGAGCGAAGCCUCCCUGGAGUUCAACACACGCUAUUGCAAUCAACUGGAGGAGGAGAAAGCUCGUCUCCUCAAAGACAACGACCGACUCAGAGUAAAGCUUGAUGAAAGCGAGGAUCAGUACGUUCAGGCAAAGCGACGGAUCAACAGCCUGAAGAGCAGUCUGGGCGACAGGGAGAAGGAACUAAGCAGUGCAGCUCAGAAACUCCAGGAGGCGCUGUCUGCCGCCGCUGCUGCAGAGCUGACCGUCAAACAGCUGGAGGGCGCCGUGCAACGGCUGGAGAUCGAGAACGCCAAGGAACUAGAAAACGCUCUGCAUGCAGAGAGGGAGCAGGUCAGCCAUGCGGCAGCGCGCCAUGAAGCAACGCAAAAACGGCUAGCCCAAGCCCAGAGCGAGGCCAUGCUGCUACGGCAACAACUAGAGGAGGCCAUAAACAAGGGAUCUGCAAAGGAGCGUGCCGUCACAGACGCCCAGGAGCGCUUCACAGACAUCCUGUCCAAGCUGCGCUCUGAUGGCGAGGGGAGGGUUCAGAUGGUGGAGGACAGAAACAAGGAGUUGGCUGUCAAGGCUGCAGAUCUUCGUAAUCAGAUUUAUAAGUUAGAGGAAGAGAAAAAUGAACGAGAGACCAGCAUGAGGCAGCUACAACAGGAGCUAGCCGACUCUCUGAAGAAGCUGUCAAUGAGCGAAGCCUCCCUGGAGGUCAACACACGCUAUUGCAAUCAACUGGAGGAGGAGAAAGCGCGGCUCCUCAAAGACAACGACCGACUCAGAGUAAAGCUUGAUGAAAGCGAGGAUCAGUACGUUCAGGCAAAGCGACGGAUCAACAGCCUGAAGAGCAGUCUGGGCGACAGGGAGAAGGAACUAAGCAGUGCAGCUCAGAAACUCCAGGAGGCGCUGUCUGCCGCCGCUGCUGCCGAGCUGACCGUCAAACAGCUGGAGGGCGCCGUGCAACGGCUGGAGAUCGAGAACGCCCGACUGGAAGCUGCCGACACUCGCCUCGAUCUGGAGCUGAAGAGCCGCUCUAAGUUAAGCCUGCGUCUGGCCGAGUUGGAAAAAGAAAAAGGAGAGCUCACCUCUCAGAUGGAGAUGGAAAAGAAGAAAGCGGAGAAAAUGGCUGAGCAGAAGAAGGCCGCCGACACUCGCCUCGAUCUGGAGAUGAAGAGGAACAUUGAGCUUCAAAAAGAAUUGUACACCUUCGGAUGGAUGAAGGAAAAGGUGGAUAAUCUGCAGGGACAGCUGGAGAAGGAAACGUCUCUUCGUAACCAGCUAGAGAAGAUCAACGAGGAGCUUAAGGAUCAGGUGGCGUCCCUAAAAGGAUUGGUCCGUAGUCACGAUGAGCAGGAGAGAAGCAAGAGGCUGCUGGAGGAGGAGGUGUUGGAGCUGAGGCGCCAACUGGAGGCAAAUCAUAUCCAGAGGGAGCAGUACCGCCGUGAGAUAGAGGAGAAAGCCCAGCAGGACCUUAAAGAGAAACUGGAGCAAGUCAACCUGUUCCUCCAGUCCCAGGCAGCUUCUCAAGAACAACUAGACCAGCUUAAAGCUGCCAAUGAGGCCAACCUGCGCACCCAGCUGGAGCAGAGGAUCCAGAAGCUGGAGGCGGAGCUGGGCCGGGCCCGCAGCGGUCAGCUGGAGAGUCUGAACCAAAGAGAGUCUGAACUAGAGCGCUACCGACAGCUCUACAAUGAAGAGAUGCGCCAGCGGAAGUCCCUCGCUGCUAAACUGGACAGGACCAACAGUCGGCUCUCAGAAGCUCCAAGCUGCUCAGUGCAGCAGGUCCGUCCUUGCUAA